CUGCAGAAUUUAAAUGCUUUCUGUCUCCCUCUCUUUAAUUGUUAACCUUGUAACCUUGGAAUAUAUAUCACCACUGCUUUCCCUUCCCCCAACCAUUCACCCACCCACACACAUACACACACACACACGGCAGUCCCAACGAGGCCACUUUAACUGCUUCUGAUAUGGUUGCCAUAGAGAUAAAGCACCAGAGAUCAAAAGAAUAGUUCCUAAUGGUCUGGGUGUGUGCAGUGGUUCACUAGUUUCGAGUGUUUUGCCCAUUGUGUGUUAUGUUUUUAUCUCUAUGGGGAGAAACGUUCGGGUAACUUCGCCCUGAACGCGAUGGUGGAACGUGCACGUCGUCUAAAUCUGAAAAUGAAGCUUUGUUCUUCAAUAAAUGAGAAAAUUGGAACAACUGUGGUAGGCUGUAGGAACAGUAAAACACCGGAGUAUGUGCAGUUAGGGGAAAAUAAUCAACUUCGAGAUCAUCACAUUAUCCAGUCUUGGAUUACUUUCCUAUAACAGCACUACACUCAGGGGGCUUUCACUGCUAAACAGAUCGCCACUGUUUCUGACCAAUCAGAAUGGGGAUUGAACCGUCCUCCAUUUUUUUUGAUGUUAUGGAGAUUCUUUUGUGUGUGUGUGUGUGUGUGUGUGUGUGUGUUGUUUUCCACUGCGCUGAUCCGGUUCCGCUCCUCCCGCGGUGUUGACGCGUGUCAAUCUUUGGGGCGCGGGGAAGGCGCGUGACGUCGCGCGACGUCAGCCUCGGUAGAAGGGGGGAGCGGGUGCGCGCGGACGGGCGGAAUGGCGACGCGGUGCUGCAGCGCGAGAUGUUCGGCGGAACGGAAAGGGUUCCGGCGCGAGCUCGACUCCUGGCGGCACAAACUCAUCCACUGCGUCGGGUUUGAGAGUAUACUGGAAGGAAUCUAUGGGUCGAGGCUGUUGCAAGAUCUCAGCAUAUUCGACAAUUGUGAGCCUGAAGCGACUGCUGAUUGGUCGACAGAUGUGCGCUGCUCCUUCUGCAACUUACAGCUCGAAAAAAUCAGUGACCGCUUGCCUGACUCGCCCCCCCAUGCCGAAACCCCCCCUCAGGGCAUCAACACCUCAGACACACUCCAGUGCCAAGCAGACCAAUUUCUGCAUGCAGUCUUACACAAGAAAGAAUUCCCUGAGAGCUGCGACCCCAUUAUUCCGUUGGCCGCGCAGGAGUUGAUGAGGAAGAUGAUUCGCCAGUUUGCCGUUGAAUAUGCGCAUAAAAUUCAAACGGUCGAAAACCAGAAUGCCAUCACGCAAACCGAGCCAGACGGACCACUGGACCUGACGCUCAGCCGCAACACACCGUGUGCGCAACAAGAUGGCGUUCUCGAUCUCUCAAAGAAAAACACACCGUCUCUGAACACGCUCGCGCAACAAAGACUAUCAGGCUGUUUGGAGACAGAGAGAGGAGAGGAGCGGAGAGGUACGGCGCUGGAGGAGGUGAUGACAUCGCUUUGUGCUCACCACAGAGUCCUGCUGUUGCACAUCCUGCAGGAAAUGACGCCAUUCUUGCCAAAGGACGAGUGUGGGGUGGUGGCGGCUCAGAGGGACGUGCGUGGGACAGCAGGGACUCCGAGGAGCGAGCAUGGUGGACACUGCUGUCGUGCUGAUGAAUCGCUGUGCGUGUUGAGUAGCUGUGUUGCGGCCGGGUGCGUAUGCCCGUGCAAGCUUGGAGUGUGCGCGCUGCGUUCCGUGUGUGUGUGUAUGAAGAGCUGUAGCGGAUCCUCCUGUCGGAGCGUCGCACUCGGGUGUGCCGGCCGCUGCGCUCGCUCCCGGAUACCGGUGUGCCAGAACACACACGGCAACGACAUCACACACGGUGCACACACAGGUAGCGUCACACACUCGCGCUGCCACAGUCCAUCCCCUCCCCCGCUGUCGCCGAAACCGCAGGACGCCGAGAGCAGUCGUGAUCCAGACAUGCCCGGGCUGAACACACACACCCUGAAUACACAGCCUCCACCUCUCCUUCCUCACAACACACACACUGAUCAAACACUGACGCCCGAGACACACGCCAAGCCUGAACACUUAAUAGACUUGAUGGACAAGUUCACCGACACGCUCAUGGAAGCGUCGGAGCGAGAGUGGAGUGUGCAGACGCACGCGGGCGACAGCGUGAAAGCGUGUGAUGACACGCACCUGACCGAGAUCAUCACCACCGUCUUGCACAGCAGCAGUGAGAAAGACUACAACCUGAAGGAGCUCUUCGAGCAACACCUCGCCUCUGAGAAACGAUCCCCUCAGACCCGCUCACAGAGGCGACAGGAAGUGAUGGAGGCCAUAAGCAGGUCGCAUGACCAACCCGCAACACGCAGGCAAAGCCUACAGAUCAAACGAGACCUUGCGCGACUUGAACCCGACAUUUCUAGGAAGAAGAAGAGGAAGACGUACCCGAUUACCCAUGGCACACACGCUCAGAGCCCGGACACGCCCACUUCACACGCUCAGAGCCCGGACACGCCCACUUCACACGCUCAGAGCCCGGACACGCCCGCCUCACACGCUCAGGGCCCGGACACGCCCGCCUCACACGCUCAGGGCCCGGACACGCCCGCCUCACACGCUCAGAGCCGGGACACACCUGCCUCACACACUCAGAGCCCGGACACGCCCAACACACAUGCUCAGAGCCCAGACACACACCCCUCACACACUCAGAGCCCGGACACGCCCAACACACAUGCUCAGAGCCCAGACACACACCCCUCACACACUCAGAGCCCGGACACGCCCAACACACAUGCUCAGAGCCCAGACACACACCCCUCACACACUCAGAGCCCGGACACGCCCAACACACAUGCUCAGAGCCCAGACACACACCCCUCACACACUCAGAGCCCAGACACGCCCGCCUCACACGCUCAGAGCCCAGACACGCCCGCCUCACACGCUCAGAGUCCAGACACGCCCAGCAUACUCAGUCCGAGCUCAGACACGCUCAACUCACACACUAAGAGCACGGUCACAAUUAAGUUACAUGCUCAGAGCCCAGACACGCCCAACACACAUGCUCAGAACCAAGACACGCCCAGCACACAUAGUAACAUAUCAGUGACGUGUACAGAGAAAGCAGAGCCCUGUGGCACUUUGAGGUCACGGCGGAAUAUCGUCCGCCCUCAACACUUGUCUUCUUAUGUCACCGAGCCAAGGAAGAUGUUUUACGCUGCCUGUCGCUCUGCUAAAGCUAACAGCACCCCAACACAUGGCACCGACACGACUGAACCCCCACCCAGUGCUGUGACAGAACAACCCAGAACUCCACCUGCUUCACCUAACAAGAGAAAACUCUGUAAGGACGAGAACAGUGAACAGUCUCAUGCUGAACGUCGACCAAGGGUAAAGACACGCCGUUCUGAAGACAUAACACAAUCCCCAAGUCCUGUUACCAAUGACUCCACAGACACUGACGACGUCAAGUACGUCAGUCCAAUAAAACUCAUGCUAGUGUCGACUAUUAAAGAUGAAGAUGGCGUUAAGUACACACUCAGAGCUGCACAACCACAAAAUGAUGAAGAAUCGUUCGAUCCGUGUGUGGAGGCGUCGUGGGCGGGAAACACAAUCAAAGAGCAGGCCAAGGAUAAAACUAUAGUGACGACAAGCAACGAGCGUACCGAAAAGCUCUCUACAGAAGACUCUGCUAACACAGAGGGUCUCGGCGACUGUGUAAAUAGCGUUAACGAGACUGAUCCGACUAUUAAGAGGCGCCCUGGACGACCCAAAAAGCUAAAAGCUCCAACAGAGAAAGCAGUGAAGCGUCCAAUCGGCCGACCGCGGAAAUUCAAACCGGUGGACACAAAUGCAGUUUCCGGUGAGGACACGGAAAAACAAAGAGCAGAAGAUGUGUCGAGCGGAGAGGAUGGCAAUAAAAACCUAAAGAUCAUCAUUACAUACGGGAGGCGGAAAGCACGUAGGAUGGUGUGUGAAGGACACGGUCCUACAGAACAAAGCAAAGGUAAUGGAGCUUCUUUAAAACGAAGCAGCAAUGCAGAAGAGAAUGCGCAGUCCACACAGGCACAAGUCAGCAUGAAGAAAGAUCAGUUUAACCUAGUCAUGCCUGUGGAGGACAGGAAGUGUCUCACGCAUUCAAUCAUGUGUCCAAAGCAGAGUGACGAAGCAGGGACGAGGAGACCAGGACGACCAGCUAAGGUCAAAAUCUCAGGGAUUUCCGUUACUGUUACCACGGUUUCACCACGGCAGCGCAAAAUCCACAUGAAGCGAGACGUGAGAGAACCGGCUGUACAGCGACGGGCACUGGUCACGCAACUGGAACUGAAUGAAGAACAGGAGACAAUCACUGAGGAAAUGCAAGCCUCCGUUAGACACUCAGUCAGAGAAAGAAGACCUUCCAUCCAUCUGCUGCGGUGUGUCGCGAUGUCACGUUCUAACACACAGACACCCAGACCUCGCAAACUGCUGCUGAACAGAGCUAACGUAACCCACCAGGAGACGCAACAGCAUGAACCUCAAAACGCUAAUGACACCAAGACCAGGCCAAACACUUCUCCACAGGAUGCCGUCCAUUUCCCAGCAGAGUCGGUCGAGUCCCUCUUUGAUGCGAAUCUGCGGUGGUGGCCGCCGUCCGCGUCACCCGAGUCGUUAAAGCAAGAGAUGAACAGGCGGCUCAACGUGAUGAAAGAGACGUGGGUUUCGGACACGUCAGACGCAACCACGUCAGAUGAGGACAACAGCUCUGCUCCAAGUUCGUCCUCAGUGAGGAUGCUGUUUGAGCGAGACUGCAGCAUGGAGACGCUGUGCUCCUGGUUCAUGCAGACAACCGAGACGCAGUCUCUCGCCAUCGUAAAGAAGGCCAACAACCGAAAUCCAUGUGAGGUUUUUCAGUAUAGCUCAGUCCAGGCGAGUAAUAGACCGAACUUAUGCUCAAGUCUGCAAGCAGAGCGGCUCAGGAAAUGCGUCAAGAAAUUCGCUACGGUUGUCCCGAAAAGCCCGGCGAAACUCCGGCGAGCACAAGCGCAGAUCCGUGGCGCACAAAACGGUUACACCAAGCAACGUGUGUCGGACACGACACACGCCGAUACCGAGAAAUCACAGCAGUGUGGAGCGUGGCGCCUUUAUAGAACUGUGCUAGAUCGAGCAAGAUCACGAUUCAAAUCCAGGACCAAGAACACCGACGUAGACUAUAAAAGCCUUAACGAGCAGGAGGAGAGCGGGAUUCAGCCUGCGAGUGUGUCUGAACACGGUCUACUGAACACAGUACAGAGCAAGUCCCGCAGGACAUCGACUCAGCAAAAGCAGAUCGCUGCUAAUGCCUGGAGUGCGCACACACUGAGGGAGUGCAAAGUGUUUCUGAAGAAGUUAAACUCCGCCAACACACGCUCACCGUCUGAGGAGUGUAACGACUGCACGGUGAGGUUCAGCGUAUCGCCUGCCGGAGGCGGGUCUGCGCAACAUCGGGGACAAGGGGUCAGAAAGUGCAUUAAACUGGAGAAGAGGAGUAACUCGGGCCCCUCCACACGGCAGCAGAGUAAGGUAAACAGGAAAGGAAGGCACUCCUGCACAAAUGUGUUGCCUCCAUCACCGAAACGGCAGCGCAGCAGCAGAGGAGUGAUGGCAGCCAAGUGGUCCGACUUUAUACUCGGUGAGUGUUUUACACCCCACAUGACCGUUCACCUCAUUUUUAACUUUACUAUAAAAGGUACUGUUGUGCGGCACCAUUACAUCACAUCUUUACACCAAAACCAGCCCAUUACACUGCUGACAUUACAGUGCGUCACACCACCGCCUCACUGCACUGACUCGACACCACACCGCCUCACCACCGCCCUGACGCGACACCACCUCACCACUGCCUCACUGCACCGACACCACCGCCCUGACGCGACACCACCUCACCACCACCUCACCACCGCUUCAUGCGACACCACCUCACCACCGCACUGA